AUGGAGGGCGAAUGGUACCUCGGAAAGGUGCUCCACACUGUAGACGAAGAGGAGGAGGGAGGGGAAGGGAAGCCGGAGUUGCAGGCGAUGGAAGUGGACGGGGAGGGGGGGGAGGGGGGGGCGGUAUCGGCGGCGGGAGGCGACAAGGAGACGACGCUCUUUCGGAUCCACUACCAGGGUUGGCCCAAUAAGUAUGACGAGACGCUGUCGCGAGACUCGCCCAACCUGCAGCCCGUGCACACGCACUCCAAGAGGCUGAAGAAGAAGCCCGACAGGAAGAAGAAGCGCGCAAAGGAGGUGAAGGAGUGGAUCCGCGAGGACGAGUUCGGGAAUAUCGUGGCGAGAGGGAUCGUGGGAGAGGACGACCCUUACGACCCAAAGGUUUUCGACAGGAAGAAGGCGGAGGUCGAGGGGGAGGCGGAAGAGACGAAGCCUGUGCCGGUGGAGGGAGCCACAACCAACAGGUACGGUCGCGUAGUGGUUCCUCGCGUUAACCUCACCACGCCGAAGGGAAAGGGUAAGGCCAAGGACCCCAACGGGGACGACGCCGAAUGCAAUGAGGAGGAGGGGGAGGGGGGCACCGCGGAUGGUGAAACUGCCGCCGGCAAGAAGCGCACGAACCGGAAAGCCUCUGCGGUAGAGGGAGGGGGAGCCGUGAACAGCGCGGACGACUGGAUAUGCGCCAUGUGCUCGCAGCUCGACACGCCGUGCAUGUCGGACAUGGUCACCUGCGACGGCCCCUGCCUCCGCAGCUUCCACGUGGUGUGCCUCGACCUUGGCGAGGAUGCCCUGAAGGAGGAGAAGUGGCUGUGCGAGGACUGCGAGCGGGCGGAGCACGAGUGCUGGCAGUGCGGCGACUACGGACAGGACAAUGUGGUUGGAGGCGUUUUUCGAUGCGGGGUUCCCAGCUGUGGGAGAUUCUACCACCGGCACUGCGUGGAGCUCAACAAGAACUCGGUGGUAAAGGCGGAUGUUGACGAGGGUGAAGAUGGUCAGCCGAUCUUCAAGUUCCGCUGCGCCUACCACACGUGCGACACUUGCUGCUCCGGUCGUGGGGGAACCAAGAACCACCUCUAUAAGUGCAUCAAGUGCCCUACCGCUUACCACCUCAACUGCAUCCCGCCAGAUGCACGGUAUCACGAGCUCGCCCUGAUUUGUGAGGCGCACCCCGAGGCUGAGCUGCCGGCGCUCAAGCAGGAGGACAGCAUUCUGGGACGGAAGGGUGAAGGAGAGGGCGAGGGAGGAGAAGGCGCCGGAGAGGCGGCGCCGGUGAAGUUUUCCCUCCCCACUCUCAAGUUCCCCAAGCACCCCCCCAAGGCCGAAAACAAGGGCGACCUCCGGCACUUCCGCCUCCCGAUGAGCAUCCUGACGUCCUACCACAGCAAGCCGCCACCCUUCCAGCACCUUUGUGCGAUGCAGUUCGUCGCACCGAAACCGCCGCGUGUGGAUCCCACCCCGGCCUGCAACUGCUCGGAAGGCGUUUGCGGCGACUCGUGCUUGAACGCCAUGCUGCGAACGGAAUGCGUCUGCGGCAACGGGAUCCGUGCGAAGUACCAGAACUGCAAGCUGGGCGCCGGGUGCGGCAACCGUCGCCUUCAAAACAGGGUCAACGCUAAGGUGGCACCAUUUCGCGAGGCUGGCAUGGGUUGGGGCCUCAAGGUGGCCGUGGAUGUCCCCAAGGGAUCGCUCAUUGGGGAAUACGUCGGAGAGGUUAUCGACGAGGCGAUGGUAGAGCACCGCAUGGCGGAGCAGAGACGCCUGCGGCCUAAUGACGGCGAGUUCUACAUCAUGGAGCUGGGCCAGUCACUCUUCAUCGACGCCAAGGAGAAGGGAAACCUCAUGCGCCUCAUCAACCAUAGCUGCAACCCGAACUGCGACGUGCAGGCGUGGAACAUCGCGGGCUACACGAGGUUGGGCAUCUACGCCAAGAAAGACCUGGCCAAGGGGGAAAGCCUCUCCUACGACUACAAGUUUUCCACGAACGAAAAAGCCCGGUUCAAGUGCAUGUGCGGGGCCGAAAACUGCCGGGGCACGCUGGCUCCUAAGGAGCAGGAGGAGGAGAUCACCGAGGACGGUUCGAAGCUUAAGGGCAAAGCACGAAAGGAGAUGCUGCAGAAGAGAGAGAGGAUGGCCAAGAACCGCCAGGCAAGGAGCCAGGUGGGGCAGCUGGUGACCUGCAAGCGCCUGUCGCUGACGGGCAGGGUGCUGCCGGGGGAUAGGACGGCUGAGGUCAAGGCCGGCCCUCCCGCAAAGUACUUCGGUUUCGCGAGGGCGGUCGCCCGGGAGGCGUUCUUCGGCGGCGGCGGUGGUGGAGGCGGCGUCGCCGUCUGUAACGGCAACUGCGAGCACCUUGCCGUCGUCGCCCGGAGAUGCGGUGGCGGCAACGCCCCGCUCCUCGGGUCCGGGGAGUUCGUCAAAUCGCAAGGGGGGUAG